GCAUGUGGAGACAGCCCUGCUGAACCGCAAGCAGCUCGUUUUUCCGACACACGUGAAGCGGUCCCGGUUGUUGAACACUUCGUUCCGUUGCCAAGGAAACUGAGAGACUAAACUCGACCGAGCAGAAUCAUGUCAGCCGACGGUGUGUUCAGGACCCGCUCUCUCGGCGUAGCCGCCGAGGGUCUUCCGGACCAGUACGCCGACGGCAAAGCGGCGAAGGUCUGGGAGCUGUACAUCGGAGACACGCAGAGCCGGACCCAGGAGUACAAGAGCUGGGUGCUGUCUCUGCUGAGGGAGCGAGGGGUGCGCAAAGUGCUGGAUGUAGCCUGCGGAACAGGAGUUGACUCCAUCAUGCUGGUGGAGGAGGGCUUUAAUAUGGUGAGCGUGGACGCCAGCGACAAAAUGCUCAAGUACGCACUGAAGUCGAGAUGGGUGAGAAGAAAAGAACCGGCUUUCGACCAGUGGGUGAUCGAAGAGGCCAACUGGUUGACGCUAUCAGAGGAUAUUCAGAAACCAGGGCCGGGCUUCGAUGCCGUUAUCUGCCUCGGGAACUCAUUUGCCCACUUACCCGACUUUAAAGGGGACCAGAGUGACCAAAAGUUGGCCCUUCAGAAUAUUGCCAGUAUGGUCCGACCAGGAGGGAUCCUCAUCAUCGACCACCGGAACUACGACUUCAUCCUGGAGACCGGCCGGGCACCGCAGGGCAAAAACAUCUACUACAAGAGCGAUCUACCUCAGGACAUCUCCACGUCGGUGCUGUGGCUCGACAAUAAGCCGCACAUGAUCACUUUGGACUACACCAUCCACGUGCCGAAGGCCGCCAUCCAAGACAUUCCUGAAGUCAGUAAAUUCCGGUUGUCCUACUACCCUCACUGUCUGGAGAGCUUCACGGGGUUACUGAAGGGCGCCUUCAACGGCCACAUGGAGCACAGCGUCUACGGCGACUUCAAGACGUACGUCCCCGGCCAAUCUCAGGUGCCGUGCUACUUCAUCCACCUCUGUAAAAAAACAGCCUAGGAGCCGCGCCGGCCCGCCAGCGCACACACACACAUGGCUUUGAACAAAUGUUUAAUCUUAGAGCUUUGAACAAAAUACAAAUAUCUUGAUUAUAAGAACACGUCUUAACAGUGAUUUAUUUAUUUUUUCCUCCCUGUAAUUUAUACUUCUGCAAAAAUGUAAAACUACGAGAAACAAUUGGUUGAGUCUGAUCUCUGUUGACUCAAAUAGUUACCGUCUAAAUGAAAUAGUUCAUGUCGCCCGGAGGCGUGUUAUAUGUUUCGGGCGGAAGGAAAUCCUUUGUCACAUCAGGUCACAGGACUGUCUCCUGAUUGGCCGCGGGGUAAACUCACUGUGGUUCUUCUAUUGGACAACUGUGGUGGUUCUGUUGGACCUCUGUGGUGCGGUCUACCUUGUUUCCGCCUCCCGCCUCUCUAACCUGUGAAGCCGUGAGAUGCUGCUGUUCACUCGAGAUAUUUCCUCAUGAUGGAACACUUGGUAUUAAUCGGUGUCAUGUACAAAGUGAUAAGAUAUAUUCUUAGACGAUUGUAUUUUUUUAAGUUUACAACAAAGGUCUUAAAAGAUAAAGCAGCUGUGUCUUGUAGGGUAGUCGUUUUCUUUUGCUUGUGUUUUCGAGCUGGAAAUGGCAAAUCAAACGGAUCUGAAGGCCGACUGCCUUUCUUUAAGUUCAGGCACAUCUGGCACAAUUCAUUACUUUUACAGGAGCCCCCCCCCCCUGUUCAAAAGUAGUCUUCCACAACAUUGUGGACGUCACAUAAAAGGCCUUGUUAUGCUGUUUGGAGUGGAGCACAGUGUAGGUAUCAACAUCCUCCAGCUACAGAGCUAAAUGACCUCUGACCUUGACCUCCUCUGAAGAUAAACAGAGUGAACGGAUUUCUGCUCAGGCUCUUGAGAGAACCACUUCUCAUAUUUAAAUUGAAUUUGCCUUCUUUUUUGUGCAUUUAAUUGAGGUUGUGUAUAACAGUUGUUUAAUUUCCUUAAUGUUAUGGUACAAUGAACUUUAGUUUAUUCAAGCUGAAAAUAGACAAUGUUUUGUCAAUGAUAAGCAUUAGAGUCAAACAUCAUUAGUCCCAUUUGAAGAUUUAUCCAAAACCAGAAUCAUAAAGUCAGUAACUUUAAGGUGAGUGUACUAAGUUGGUAAAAUCAAUGUAAGCAGUUGCAUUACAGUAAUAAAACGGGAAACACAAAGGGUCUUUUAAAAUUGUUAUCAACCAAAGAUAUUUGAAAAGUGUUAUCUUCUGCUCAAUCUGGGAAGGUUUUGUGUGAGUUUACUCGAAUAACAAGGGGGACGUGAUGGAUAGAAUAAUUUAUUUUCUGUAUUCUUUCAGGUUAAAAUAUUUUUGCUUUGAAAACCAAAUGUACAAACGAAUGAGAAAGGAGCUCCGUGUGAACCAAAUGUUACGGUGCAGCAGUAGUUUGUGAUUUGAGAUCAACGGCAGGUUCAGAAAGUGGUGAUUCUGGCCAGAUGUGUGAGUGUUGCCUUGAAGUCCAUGUAGAGAUCAAAGUGUCUUAUAUGUUGAAAUAAAAAAGUGCAAACAUUUUGUAAUGAAGACUAUUGGAAUUAUUUUGCAUGAAAUUAAAGACCAUUUUUCAAAUGAUUAA